AUGAAAUCUUCAGAGAGAUUAUCAUCAUCCUCCGAAGAAGGCAACAACGGCCUUGAGCAACUUCAAUUAGUUUGUAGUCAUCGGGAAGAAAUGCAAUCCAGAAUGAACGAGAUCAUCAGUUCUUCUGAAGAAAAUCGGUUCAAAAUGAAUAUUAACAUGAUAUUGAUUGGGAUGAACUAUGCAUGCUUGUUGGUUGGGUCCGUAUCAGCGAGUCUUGUCUCCAAAUUCUACUUCAUUCAUAAGGGUUCAAGCCGUUGGGUCUCCACUUUAGUUCAAUGCGCCGGAUUCCCUCUCCUCGUCCCUUUCAUCUACAUCCCUCAUUAUUUCUUCCCUUCAAUUUCAACCGGAAAACGUCCUUUUUCUCGAUUGAUCGCCAGACCGAGAAUCCUAGGACUCUCUCUUUUUGUCGGACUCCUCCUAGGAGUAAACAACUUGCUCUUCUCAUGGGGAAAUUCAUACCUCCCACUUUCCACUUCCUCUCUACUCUUGUCAUCACAACUGGCGUUCAACCUUAUUCUCUCCAUUAUCCUCGUCAAACAAAAGGUUAACUUUCACAACCUAAACUGCGUCGUUCUGCUUUCCUUGGCCUCCGUCCUUCUCGCUCUAUCCACGCACCACGAUCGCCCUCAGGGAUUGACCCAGUCUGAAUAUUUGGUGGGGUUUUUCUGCACAGUCGGGGCGGGUUUGCUAUUCGCACUCUAUCUCCCUCUAAUGGAGAUAAUAUACAGAAAUGUGGACUCUUAUUCGAUGGUGAUGGAGAUGCAGGUGGUGAUGGAAGCAGCGGCGACUGCUCUAGCGGUGGUGGGGAUGGCGGUGGACAAGGGGGGCGGGUUUAAGGAAAUGGUUAACGAGUCUAGAAAUGUGUUCGACAUGGGUCCAUGUGUGUAUUGGUGGACGAUUGCAGGGAAUGUGGUGAUGUGGCAGGCUUGUUUUAUGGGAACGGCGGGGAUGGUGUUUUUAACGACGUCGUUGACGGGAGGAAUAUGUACGACGUCGCUCAUGAUGUUUAAUAUUGCGGCGGGGGUCGUGGUUUAUGGAGAUCCAUUUAACGGCCUCAAAGCAGUAUCAACAGUACUUUGUUGUUGGGGAUUCUCUUCAUAUUUGUAUGGGAUGUAUGUCCUUAACUUGAAGAAGGAGGAGGAGAAGCUUAAUCAAACGCUAAUAACAACCAUUCGAGAUGGAGAUCAUUGA